AUGGCCGGUGGGGUCGGCAUCGAGCGAGGCUUUCCACCCCCCGACCGUGCGAGGACGUUCGACCACACCACCGCCGUCGGUGGUGGUGGUGGACGGGGUGGCGUCGCGCUGGAGGGAGGGGCGGCGGGCCUUCCUCGUCAGCUCGAAGCCGGCAACCCGGAGAAAAACGUCCCCGGAAACUUGAGAGCCAUCGCGCACCACACACACACACACCCUACAACAGACUACGUUUCGAAAGAUAUUGAUCGAGUCACAACCAAGAAGGCCCGCGCUCAGCUCUCGUCGCCACCUAUGCAGACCCCGGCAUCCUCUCAGCAGCAGCAACAGCCGUGGGAGUCGAUGGACCUGGCGCACAUGGCUAGAGUCGCAGCCAGCGGCGGCGGCGGCAGCGCCAGCGCCAGUGCCAGCAGCAGAAGCUUCGCCACCGGCAUGAACAUCGCAAGCGUCGAGGAGCCGACCUCCGCCGCCGCGCCUUCGGCGGAGCGGUCGCUCUUCGCCUUGCCCUCCUCAUUUCCGCCCCGCUCCGGUCUAGACAGGGCGUCCGGCGGCGGCGGCGGCGGCAGCAGCGGCUCGCAGUUCCAAGACGUCGCCACCGCCGCGGCUAGCGACGUCCACGGGCGAGCGCCCGCCUACCGGGACCAUCGAAGACGUUCUUCAUCGACGACGCAGUCUCAAUGGAGCUCCUACCCUGGGGCCGGGCCUCCUCUCAACGACCCCUGGCUGAAAGGCACCAGGCUAAGCCCGCCGCCCGUGCCGGCGUCGGCCGGCUGGGACUUUGUAACGACGGCGAGUCGCGGAGACGCUCGGGCCCGUCAGCAGCUGGGCGGCGGCGGGGCCGGCGCCGGCGCCGUAGGCCUCGCCGGAGGAGGGCGGCAGUGGCCGCCGGUCGGAGGCGAGCGCCGGGGUUUCUACCACGACGACCAGUUCUCACGCGGCGGCGGCGGCGCCUCGGUAGCAGGGCAGCAGCAGUACCGCCGGGACGAGUCCCCCCAGCAGCAGCAGGAGCGUCUGGCACGGCUGCGCUCGUCCACCGGCGCUGGCGCUGGCGCUUCGUUCUUGUCAUCGUCGUCGUCGCAGCCGCCGCUCUCGUUGGGCGCCGCCGCCGGCGGGAGUGACCCUGGCCGGUACGGCGCGCCCUCGCGGCCACUGCUCUCGGGCCUCCCGGACACGGACCGCUCGCCGUACCUCUACCUCCCGGGGCUAGCUGAGGUGGGGACAACGGCGCCGGGGCAAGUGCCGGCGGCGCGCGGCGGUAGAGGCGUCGGGCUCGGGAGCGGGGCCGCUGGUUCCGUCGCCGGUGGUGCUGCUGCGGCUGCAGGGUACAGGGAGCAGCCGCAGCAGCGGCGAAGGGCGGCCAACGCGGCCACUUACUGGGCUCCGUCUUCCGGAAGGGGCUGCAAGGAGGAUGGAUGUGACCGGCGUCCGAUCUACGCGUACAAGGGUAGCAAGAAGGCGGCGUACUGCGCGAGGCACCGGCUGACCGGGAUGAUCGAUACGAGGCACCCGCUGUGUAAGAACGAGCAGUGCACCAGGCAACCCAGCUUCGGGAUGGAGGGCGACCGCCGCGCCUCGUACUGCGCGGAGCACAAACUCCCCGCGAUGAUCAACGUGUCGAGCCGCCGCUGCCAGCAGCAGGGGUGCCUCCGUCACCCCAACUUCGGCUUCCCGGGGGACAGACGCGCUUCGUACUGCAGCGGUCACCGUGAGACGGGCAUGGUGGACAUCGUGUCGAGGCGGUGCCGGGAGCCAUCGUGCGGGAGGCGCCCUCUGUACAACUUCGACGGCCUCCGCCCGGUGUGCUGCAGCCAGCACAAGUCGCCCGGCAUGAUCGACGUGGUCAGCACGCGCUGCCAAGAGCCGGGAUGCUUCUGCCACCCGUCCUUCGGCUACGCCUCGGACAAGAAGGCCCGCCGCUGCGCCAGGCACCGCCUGGAGAACAUGGAGGGGGUCAAGGGCCACCGCCAGAAGCGCCGCCGAGAGGCACGACGAGGCCUGCCGCCCGGGCUGCUGCAGCUUCUCCUCCGGCUCCUCCCGCCUACACCGCUACGGAAGGGGGAGCCGGCGGCAGCGGCGGCGGCGGCGGCGACGCCCGACGCGGAGGCGAAUGGGAGUAGCGAUGAUGAUGAUGAUGAUGAUGAUGAUGACGUCACCGGGGGGGGGUGCGAAACGGUCGGCGGCGGUGGCGUCCCGCGGCUCCUCUUCUUCUUCGCCCGGGCGGAAGAGGAUGGGGUACGUCGCGAGAAUCGUUCGCAGUCGCGCAACCCCCCGCCCCCCACGUGGGAUCGACCCAGUUAG